AUGCCUUCAACAAAUAACCUAGCAGCGUUCUUCAAUGACCAGUCGGCCAGCCCCCCGCCUUCCACCACCACCACCCCGGAUAUCCAUCAAAUGAACCUCAACAUCUUUGGCCUCGAUCCUUCAAAAUCCAACGCUAUCGACGCCCAGGAUAUCGAUGACUUUGAAAAUACAACGUAUAAACUCAAACGUACCAGAUCUGUAGGGUUAUUGGAUAACUACAUCGCCCCUACAAAAAAGCUCAUUGAACAAGACUUUAGCCAUACAAACUACUUUGCCACCGAUCCUCUCAACAUGAAACCAAAAUCAUUAUCCACCAAAAACCUCAACCAGCUAAAUCAUCAAAUAUCUGUCCAAACCCGAACGUUACUAGCCAACAACAACAACAACAAUAAUAAUGAUAACAAUAAUAAUAAUGAUGAUAAUUCGAAGGCAAAAAUUGAUGACAGUCUUGCAUCACUCUCGGCCACCCUGACCAAUAAUGAUUCUCUAGUGGAAGAUUCUACCCCAUCUACCCUAUCCAUGGACUCAGAACAUCAAGUACAACCAGAAAUAUUCCAACCCCACGAUGAUAAUGAUAUCACCUUCGAACCAAAAAAUACCGUUGAUUAUUUCAGUUACGAUUGGACCGACAGAGAAAUCCUUAAAUCUUGGAGAUAUGUCGUUGAUCGUAAAAGAACCAUUGAUUACGAUGCCAGAGUCGAGAAUUCCCGGUUGGAAAAUGCUAGUUGGCGUACGUGGGCUAGAGCAAAAUAUUCGUUGAAUACCGUCACCCCUGAAAGUAUUAAUUGGAAGAAAGAUACCGACGUCAGCUGGCUUUACGGUCCCAAAUGUGCUCCAGAAACUGAGAGUGAUGUGAGAAACCAUUUACAAGAAUUCAAAGCGAAAAUCGGCGAUUGUAUUCCUGAGUCAGCGUCAUCGUCAUGUUCCAUUGCUGUAAAUAAUAAUAAUAAUAAUAAUAAUAAUAAUAAUAAUGAUAAUAAUAAUAAUGACAAUAAUGAUAAACAUCCUUGUGGUCCAUCGAUUGUGGGGUUAUCUAAUCAUGUUAUUGCUCUAAUGGAUAAAAUCUCCAGCGACGAUUCCGAUUAUUCUAUCCCGGUGAAACCGAUUUUGAAAGUACGGAAAAUUAGUGAAAAGAUCAACGCCAACGCCGAUUUAUUCAAAAUGAAUAUUCUUAAUGAAAAAUACCGGGGGAAGAAAUUGUUUGGUGGGUCACCAACUAUCGAACCAUUAAUGGAUAACAUGGCUUCUCCUUCGCCAAUUCUUGCUAUUAAUGAUAUGGUUAGCCGAGAAAUGUCGCCAAUGAAUUUGAAUGACGAUCUUAAUCCUCAAUUAUCCGAUGUUAUCGAUUCUAAAACAAAGUCCGAACCCCUUGAUUCGGUAUCCAGUGAAGCCACUUUACGCCCAGUACAUAAAGUUCUCAGUAAUGAUAAUGAUGAUGAUGAUGAUGACGUUGAAGACGUUGACUUUUCCGAUAAGCUACGAUUGAAGUCGAGUUUUUUGGUCAAUCCCGCAUCCCAAUCGGAAUUUGUCGCUAAAAAAUCCCGGAAAAUUCAUUUCAACGAUCGAGUCGAACAAUGUCGAAUCGUUGAUUAUUUUAGUGACUCCGAUGAAGAAGCAGCGUACUUCAAUGGAUCUCAAGACAACAGCGCGUUUGCUGAUAGUGAUGAGGAUAGUGAUGACGAGGAUGAUGAAAAUGGACUUGUGCUUAGCGUUAAGGGCAAUCCGGAAUUACAUCGCCGAUUAUCCAUGAAUUCGGAACUCACUACAGGAUCUCAAUCGUUGAAAUUGGCGUCAGAUGGGAAAAAAAUCAUUGAAUAUUUACCAGCCACGAAGAUCCGGUUUAGAGGUGAUGAAGAAUCAUCUGAAGAUUCCGAUUUUGAAAGUGAGGAUGAAGAAAACUAUGCUUGGAUGAACAAUAAUAUUAAUAAUAAUAAUAAUAAUAAUAAUUCUGGCUCGUUUGCCACAGCAGCUGCUGGAGGGAUUCCAAAAAACAAUGCGGUUUCCCAUAAUGUUAACACCAAUCGUGGGUUUGAGUUUUAUUAUGAUUAUAAUUCAGUGUACGUGCCAGAAGAUUUGUUAUUGAAUCAUGAUAACUCCACCACCAUGAUUGAAGAUGUUCCCAAAGAUAUUGCUCUUGAUAGUGGUCUCUUCGAUAAUUUAACCCAAGAUGCCCCUGGCACCGCUGCUUCGCAAACCACUCAUAAAGAUGACGGCGAAGGUUAUAUUUUAACCGGCGACGAGGCAUUAAGUUUGAGUAGUGAAGAUACCAAUUCUUACUCUGGGUUCAGUUUUGGUGGUGCCAUGGGUGCUGGUAACAAUAGUAGCAGAAUUCAUGGAUUGAAGAAUUAUCAUCAACAGCAACAGCAACAGCAACAGCAACAUAAUGAUGUGCUGAUGGCAUCUACCAGUUCGGUAUUGAGUAAACGACCAUCUUCGGCGAAUAAUUUAUCUGGAAAUAUUGACUCUUCCAGAAAUUUGACAUUGUUGAGUAAAGCCAAUUCUCGGAAUAAUUCGUACAAUGGGUUGGCCAAUUCGCAUAAUAGUUCAAUCAAUGGGUUUGGCAAUAAACCAAAGUUUUCAUUAUUAAAUGAUGAUGAUGAUGAUGAUGAUAGUAGUUCUAGCGAAGGUGAAAUGAAUUUCAAUCCUCCUCUUUCUUCUUCUUCUUCUCGUCCUGCAGUGGCGAGCCGAGGAAAAUUUAAUUUCAAUGAUAGUGAUUCGAGCGAUGAUGACGAUGAUGAUGAUAAGGAUUUUUUCAAUUUUUCUAGAAAAUCGCAUAGUGACGGGGUCACCACUCCAAAGAGAAAUUUACUGGGAUUGAAUAAUAACAAAUCCCCAACCUUGAAAGAUAUCACGGGGGUCAAUGGUUCCGGAGCGAUCUCGCCGUCGGCAUCAUUGCUGCAAAUUUCCGAUAUUAAAGUGAAUGGGUUCAUUGAGAAUCGUCAUGAAAAUGUCAAACCCGCGUUGAAUAAGAAACUCAGUGAUUUGAGCGUGGAUAAUUGA